UAUCAGUGUUCUCUUGGACCAACUACUCUCAUGUCAUUGCAAAAAGAUGAGGAUGUUUAAUGUCUUUAUAUUCACAUCCUUCUGUCAUUUGCUGAACGCCUUUAGUAUCACUGUUCCCAAGGACCUGUAUGUAGUUGAAUAUGGCAGCAAUGUGACAAUUGAAUGCAAAUUCCCAGUAGAAAAACAACUAGACUUGGGUUCAUUAGUUGUCUACUGGGGAAAGGAGGAUGAGGAAAUUAUUCAGUUUGUGAAUGGGAAAGAAGACCUGAAGGUUCAGCACAGUAGCUACAGGCAGAGGGCCUGGCUGUUGAAAGACCAGCUCUACCAGGGAAAUGCUGUCCUUCAGAUCACGAAUGUGAAAUUGCAGGAUGCUGGGGUUUACUGCUGCAUGAUCAGCUAUGGUGGUGCAGACUACAAGUGGAUUACCUUGAAAGUCAAUGCCCCAUACCGCGAGAUCAGCCAAAUAAUUUCUAUGGAUCCGGUCACCUCUGAAUAUGAACUAACAUGUCAGGCUGAGGGCUACCCUGAGGCUGAAGUCAUCUGGACAAGCAGUGACCACCAAAUACUGAGUGCUAAAACCACCAUCACCAAAUCCCAGAGGGAAGAGAAGUUUUUCAAUGUGACCAGCACACUGAGAAUCAACACAACAGCUAAUGAGAUUUUCUACUGUACUUUUAAGAGAUUAAGUUUCACAGAAAACAAUACAGCUGAAUUGGUCAUCCCAGAACCAUCUACAUUACUUCAAAGGACUCACUUUGUGAAGCUGGGAGCUGUCCUGUUUUGCUUUGGUGCAGCAUUGACAAUCCUGUUCUGCUUAAGAAAAAAUGUGAGAAUGCUAGAUGUGGAGAAUGGUGGCAUCCAAGAUAUAAACUCAAGGAAGCAAAAUGAUACACAGUUUGAAGAGACGUAACCAGCAUUGAAAAUUACAUUUUUCAAGCAGGGAUUCUUUUCCUGUUGUUUGGGAGUUCACGGAUGAAAGGGCCCAUGGGAUGCUGCUGAUGAUGUUGGAAUUAAAAGGCCCAAAUAUUGAAAAUAGAACCUGGGGAAAGAAGAGGAGAACAAAGAAAGAUGGGAGUAGAAAGGGGAGCCUGGAAGGAAACCUGGGCACUUCAACAUAAGCUGAGAGACUUGUUGGUGCAUGUAAAAGGGACAAAGAACACUUCUGAAUGAGGCGUCUCCAAGCAAACCAUCCAUCACUCAUGCUAGGAAAGUGGGUUGAGGAUCCCUGAUUUCAUGGAUGUUCUUGCAGAAGUGCCCUUUGCCUCUCCUUGUCUUCUCCACCUCCUCGUGUUGCAACAGUGUUGAAGAAUGAGUUGUUUCUAUUUAUUUCCAGUCUGAGGGGUCUUGUCAUAUGACUGUGGCUAUGAAUGAUUUCUUUUGAAGACAUACUAUAGUAGAAGUUAAAAUUUUGUCACCAAACUCUAUACUUAACUGCUUGUUUGUGUUCAGUGAAACAUCUAGUAUUUGUUAGAUACUAGUAUUCUCUGUAACUGACAUUACAAAUUGGAAGCAUAGAAAAUAAGCCAUUGGUUUGUAUAGGAUUUGACCUUAUAUAACUUAUUGAUACUUUGUUUGACUUGACUAAUCCUAUUCUCAGACCUCAGGGGUCUGCUGCAAAAUCUGUUCCCUUUAAAUAUCAGAUUUAUAACUGUGUGGUACUAUACACACAUGAUCUCAUGUAUUCCUGUCAUCACAACCACUAUUAUACCCAUUUAACAGCUGAGGAAACAGAGAGAUUAAGUAGCUUGUACACAGCAGUAAAUAGCAGUCUUCAGAUUUCCUCAAUUUAUCUGCUGUCCUUUUGGAAUACAAUUAACAUCUCUAUUUUAAGAAAUGUGUUUAUUUAAAAAGUGUUUAAAUAUCUUUGUAUGAUACAUGUGCCUUGCAUUGGGUCAGGCAUUGAGUCUACAGAAGUGAGCAAGACAAAAUAUCAGUUGCAUAAACAUGAUAAUAAUCAAAGCAAUUUUUAGAUUAUAGGAAGUCAGUAUUUUUUUAAAAACUGUGGAAAAUAACUCUGGAAUUCCUUUUCUAGCAUUAUAUUUAUCCCUGAUAUGUCUUUACCAUACUUCUCUAUGUAGUGUGUGGUAUUUUUAGCACCUUCUUUUUAUUUUUUCUCCAUUUAUGCUUAUUUUAUGUUUGCACAGUGAUGCCCAUGGGUUCUCAGGUUACAGUGAGUCAAUCAAGAGUCAAUUCAGCAUUGAAGGGCAGAGAUGUUUUGUUGUUGUUGUUGUUGUUUGGUUUGGUUUGGUUUGGUUUUCUACUGAGGAUUGAACCCAGGGCCCUAUAAACUCUCUAUCUCUGAUCUGAUCUGCACCCUCAGCCCUUUUUAUUUUGAAACAGGGUCUUGCUAAGUUGCAGAGAAUGGCCUCCAACUUGCAAUCCUCCUGUGUUUGCUACCUGUGGUGGAAUUACAGGUAUGUACCAUUAUACCUAGCAAUGGCCUUAUUAUUAACUCUUUAUGCAAGAAACAUGUCAAAAACUUUUUAAAUAUAUUUUCUUUUUUUUUUUUUUAUACCAAGGAUUGAA